UAAUUUGGGGAAAGGGCUCCUGGGUUGUGAGUCCGUCUAAUUCAUCUCUUCGUCUCCCACCUCCUUCAGGGUUCGCCAAACCCUAGACGCCGUCGAUGGAUCAAUCCAAGCGCAAGCGUGGCCGGAAGCCAAAGAAGACCGUCGCUGAGACCAUGGACUUUCAGAUGGCAGCCUCUGGCGUACCUUCGCCGUCCGCCCUCGACGAGCCGCAGGAGACGCCGGAGUCCGCCUCCCCUAAGGCCCGCGGGAGGGGCCGGCCCAAGAAGGUCACUCGCCGACAGAACCUUACAGCCGUCGAAAACGGCGCCGUGUCGCCUCUCCGCCGUAGUUCUCAGGUAGUCUCCAUCAACGGAGAGAACGGUGAGUCUGGUCUUGCCGUGGUUUCUCUCGAUCCUUCUCCGCGUUGGGACCAGGUGGUGAGGGUCGUGCCUUCCAUGGACGCAGUCGUCAAGGUCUUCUGCGUGCACACUGAGCCCAACUUCUCGUUGCCGUGGCAGCGGAAGAGGCAGUAUAGCUCGAGCAGCAGUGGCUUUAUUAUUGAGGGCAGACGGGUGCUGACCAAUGCUCACUCAGUCGAGCACUUCACACAGGUGAAGCUUAAGAAGCGGGGGUCUGAUACUAAGUAUGUUGCUACAGUGUUGGCCAUCGGAACCGAAUGUGAUAUAGCUAUGUUGACUGUCGAAAAUGAUGAGUUCUGGGAUGGUGUCUCUCCCUUGCAAUUUGGUUCUUUGCCAGCACUUCAAGAUGCUGUCACUGUUGUGGGAUAUCCAAUUGGAGGGGACACAAUCUCUGUCACUAGUGGCGUUGUUUCACGUAUGGAGAUACUAUCAUAUGUGCAUGGUUCUACGGAACUUUUGGGCUUUCAGAUAGAUGCAGCCAUAAACUCAGGAAACUCUGGCGGCCCUGCUUUCAAUGAUAAGGGAAAAUGUGUUGGUAUAGCAUUCCAAUCUCUUAAACAUGAAGAUGUGGAGAAUAUUGGCUAUGUCAUACCUACACCUGUCAUCAUGCACUUCAUCAAUGACUACGAAAAGUCAGGAGAAUAUACAGGAUUUCCUAUGCUUGGGAUUGAAUGGCAAAAAAUGGAAAAUCCUGAUCUGCGCAAGGCAAUGGGAAUGGCAGCUGACCAAAAAGGUGUACGUAUCAGAAGAAUUGAGCCUACUUCACCAGAUUUUCAGUUUCUGAAGCCAUCUGAUGUUAUAUUGAGUUUUGAUGGAGUUGAUAUAGCGAACGAUGGAACUGUUCCAUUCAGGCACGGUGAACGCAUUGCAUUUAGUUAUCUUGUUUCUCAGAAGUACACAGAGGAGAAAGCUUUAAUCAAGGUUUUGCGCAAUUCAAAAGUUCAUGAAUUUGAGAUAAAGCUUGCAUCACAAAAGAGGUUCAUUCCUUCUCACAUCAAGGGGAAACCACCCUCAUACUAUAUAAUUGCUGGCUUUGUGUUUUCGGCUAUAUCUGUUCCUUAUCUUCGUUCUGAGUACGGAAAGGACUAUGAAUAUGAUGCACCUGUUAAACUGCUGGACAAACUUUUGCACACAAUGGCCGAAUCACCUGAUGAGCAGCUUGUAGUGAUAUCCCAGGUUCUAGUUGCUGACAUUAAUAUUGGUUAUGAAGAUAUCGUCAACACUCAGGUAUUAGCCUUCAAUGGCAAUCCUGUUAAGAAUCUAAAAACCUUAGCAAACAUGGUUGAGAGCUGCAAAGAGCAAUUUUUGAAGUUUGAUCUGGAGUACCAACAGAUUGUAGUCCUCGAGACAAAGAAUGCAAAGGCAGCUACGCCAGAUAUCCUUACGACCCACUGCAUACCGUCAGCAAUGUCGGUUGACUUGGCGUCCUAAAGGUGUGGAAGGAGUUGACAACGUUUCCAGGCCUCUCCACAAUACUGAAAGAAUAUGCAAUGUUCUAGUAUAGCUAUCUUACUCGUACCAUGCGACUUGAGUUCUGAAAAUCUAGAAUUUUUGUUAGAGCAGGACGAACAUUUCCAUGUCUUAUUUCACUAGGUAACCACAACGGUGUAUCUAAAUCGGGCUCUAUUUAAUUUGCCUAAGCAAGUAGAAGAUUUUGAUUUAAA